CCCGGGCAGCCAAGUUUCAGGACUGGGCAGCUCUUUUCCAAAUCCUACGGAUCUGUCUCGACGACUUAUGUCAACGCAACAGGCACAACAGGAAGCGGAGAAUGAAAGUAACGACGAAAGUUCUAAUAUUACUUCACGAUCUCGCAUCAACAGCAUUACUCAAACUGGUAAUCCUUUUUGGGGAACAUUUUCACCUUCACCCGCCCCUAGGUCUCCCGUGCUUAUUCAAUGUUGUUGCGGUAAAGAUGACUGUCAAAACCUUGAUACGUUUCUAAGGAGCAUAAGCUCUUUAGAAGACGAGUUGAGAUUGGCUGCUG